AUGUUUCACUGUCUCCCUGCGCCUGGCCAUGCAACAUGUUUCAGUUCUCGGCCUUCCUUGAAUGGGUCAAGCAGUAGUACACUACAAUUUCUCUCUGUGCUCCAUUCCAAGCAGCGCAUUUGCAUGUUACACUGCUUCACCUUUCUUCUUACUUGUGCCCAGAUAGUUGCAUCAGAUCUAUCUUGCCAGUCCAUGCACAGUUUUACUACUACACUGAGAAAGGCUUGCCGCCAUAGUUUCACGUUCGUGCUCCGGUUGUCUCCCUCGCAUUCUCCUCGCUGUGCUCCAGGGCUUCAUCGGCAAAUGACAAAGGCUGCCACUGUGAAGCGGGAACUGCCAGCUUCCAAGGCUGCCAUGGUGAAACGGGAGGUGCCAGCUUCGAAGGGGAAGACUGAGCAGGCAUUCCAGUUGGUGGUGGCGUCCAGGGAGAAGGAAGUGCAGAAGCUCCUCAUCAUUGACGUCGAGGCGGAGGCCAAGAGGGCGGCCAGAAGGCGUUACGAGACCAACCGCAAAAACAAACACAGGACUCGGCUGGAUGCGACUCAAGUGGCUGCAUUGCAGGCCAAGUUGGCAGAGCUGGAAGCAGAGAAACUCCAGCUGUACUCUCAGAUCGACGUUCUCAGCACCGAGUUGGUUGAGGCCAAUGGUAGGCUUGCAGAGGCAGACCGAAGGGUGGCGGCAGCAGACCGUAGGGUUGCAGAAGUGGAAUCCUACGUGCCCAAAACCCCGCCAAGACAAAGUCGCAAACGUUAG